ACUAAAACUCAAGCAUCAGAACUUCCUGCAUAUAAGGAUAUUCYCUUUCAGGAAGAAUUUAGCGCCGAAUUCAAAAACCUGUUUACCUAAAUUUAUAAGCUUCGGGCUCAACUAGGGAGUUCCUCAUUAGCACGUGCGACAGCAACAUGGAUUUAUGGCAGAAGCUUAAGACCAACACAGGGCAGAUAGCAACAAACAUAAGGCAAGCACAAGAACGAUACCGUGAAGAACACAGCCCAAAACAGUCAAGCACACAUAGCUCAAAGGAAGACGUGUCAAAUAAGGGUCCUCCCAAGAAACCCUGUAAAACACUUCUAGUGAUAGACUCACUUGAAAAUGACUGGACUAAAAUAUUUGGAGAACGAAAAAUGCAUAAUGGCUCCUACGAUCUUAGGGUGGAACAGGCAGAUUUUGAUAACCUAAACCUGGCUUCAUACUCUGAAAGCGGCACGAUGGUCGACAUUCAAGUAUGUCAAGAAGGCACAGUUGUUGUAAGGUCCUUUCGCCCUGACUUCGUACUCGUCCGUCAAAGUGUGCGUGGGAUUGGGCCCAAGGAAGACCAUCGUAAUAUCAUUAUGGGCUUACAGUAUGGUCACGUGCCUAGUGUUAACUCGUUAGAGUCUGUUUAUAACUUUGCUGAAAAACCUUGGGUGUUUUCGCACUUGUUACAAAUCAAGAAGAGAUUARGCAAAGAACACUUCCCACUAGUAGAACAAACGUAUUAUCCCGAUCAUAAAGAAAUGGUGAGUACUUAGAAUAUCAGGGGAACACAUUAWUCAGUGGGUAUUGAUAAAUUAUUAAACGCUAUCAAGAAUGCCUUUUCAAUGAUUUAAAAUGCCGAMAGUUUGACCAUCRAAACAUGAYCUCAAGGCGGAGACUACCAGAUACAAAACCACUCUACAUGUCGYGAAACAUUGUUGCUGUUCAAGUGUUUCUCGGUUUUCAUGGACCUUUGAAACUGUCUAAUUUUUAAUCCUCCUCUUUGUUCCACUCCAAAUGCUGGCGAUAACGAAGUUUUUUUGUGCUCAUACCAGAACGACGAGAGCAUUUAAAGCAACAUCUAAAGCAACAACUUUGCGCGACAAGUUGAGUGGUUUUGUAUUUCACUCAGAUUCCUUGUUAGACUUCACGAGACUUUCUUCCUCUUUCGAUACCAUUGACUUUCUCUCGGAAUUCGAAGACUACGUAAYAUCGUUACAACUUGUAACGAUAUGAUAUGAAUUAUGAUAACGCGUGAUCCGAUCAUAGCAAUAACCCUUUGUACUAAUGACGUCAUGUUGUUUUGGAGAAGAGCAUUAUGGUAUGGUUAAAAGUAUCAAGAUGGCGGAUGCCUCAUUAUAAGAACUUCCAGGGCGAAGUUUCUUAGCGCU